AUGAUCAUUGAUACUAACGAAUUCGUUCUCGUUACUAGAGAGUGGAAUAUGGAUCCCAAUGUUGUGAAUCACUCCCAAGUUGGCAACGUAUUCAUGCUUGGAGCUGCUGGGCCUAUUAUCGUCGCUCUAUCCGCCUAUUUUGGCCGAUAUCCCAUUCUAUUCUGGUGGACAUUGCUAGCACUCGCAACCGCAAUCUGGUGUGCUGCUGCGCAAAGCUUCGAGUCAUUCAUGGCUGCCCGUAUCCUCAAUGGUUUCUUCUCAACAGUAGCUCAAGGUGGUGGUCUCAUGUUCAUCAAAGACAUGUUCUUCCUCCACGAAUACGCCCGCAAAAUCAACAUCUGGUCAGGGUUCAUUAUCCUAUCUCCCUACAUGGGUCCUUUACUCGGAGCAUUUAUAACAAACACCCAGAUCUGGCAAUGGGCAUUCGGCGUCUACGCCAUUGAAACAGGUCUAUGCCUUAUAGCUAUUAUCCUCUUCGUCGAGGAAACCUAUUAUGAUCGCAAGACCAUCCAGCCAGAACUCGUUCCCAAUGCCCCGCGCUGGCACCGUAUGCUGGGUAUCCAGCAGGUGCGCACGAAGUAUAUCAAGAACUCGUUUAAAGAUGCGGUUAUGCGGCCCGUGGUUAUUAUUUGCAAACCUGUGGUUUUCUUAACGGUCAUAUUCUACUUACUUAUGUUUGCUUGGGUUGUCGCUAUCAACACCACGUUGUCGAUAUUCCUGGCGCCAAAGUAUGGGUUUGGUGCGAAGCAGAUCGGCUUCUUCUACUUCACACCCGUUGUAGCGGCCAUCCUAGGCGAAAUCACAGGACACUGGCUGCACGAUAGUAUCGCGAAUCUCUACGCAAAAUACCACAAUAACAGACUGGAACCCGAAGCCCGUCUAUAUGCUAUCUGGUUCGCUAUGCCAUUCAUGGUGCCCGGAUUGAUUCUCCUUGGAUUCGCACUGGAAAGACACUAUCAUUACAUGCUCGCGGCUCUAGGCUGGGGUCUUUAUGUCUUUGGUAUCAUGAUUGUUACGGUGGCGGUUAACUCGUAUGUACUUGAUUCGUAUCCUGAGGCGAGUGGUGAGGUUGCGGCUUGGGUUAAUUUUGGGAGAACUACUGGGGGUUUCAUUAUUUCUUAUUUUAUGGUGGAAUGGGCGCAGGAUAUGGGCACUGUGAAACAGUUUGGAAUCAUGUGUGCAAUUUUGGGAGCUGCGUCUUGUAUGGUGGUCGGUUUGCAGAUUUGGGGAAAGGCAUUGAGGGUUUGGGCUGGACCAGUGAGAUUGAAGACCGCUUAA